AGAAUCCUACUUGCCCUGCAGAAAGCAAAGCAAAUCCUGCUUUGUUUGGAACCGAUGGAAAAUUACAAAACGCUGCUACUUAUGGCUACUGGACCGAAUCGUGUGGGAAAAAAUACUUAUUUGGCAACAAACUGCUGAACUGGGACGAAAAUUGGGAAAUGUGCAGCAGUUUGGGAAUGGAGCCGAUUGUCAUCGAGUCUGCAGAGGAGCAGAAAUGUUUGACCAAUCUGACCGCGACCGACUGGAAGUUGAAUUUCAAUUACUGGACUGGCGGCACGCAAAGGGGCUGCAAGGGACAGUGGAGGUGGUGCGGGUCUGGCCCGUCCACCAUAAAAAAUGAAAUUGCUUGGGCACCUGGCCAGCCCGACAAUUUAAAGGGAAAUCAGUCCUGCAUACACAUGCAGAUUUUUACCGACACUAAAAUCGGCCUCAGAUUGACCGACAGAAAUUGCACUGACAGCUACGUUUUUGCUUGCCAGGGAUCUCCAAAAAUGGACUUGCCUUGUGAUGAACCGGAGUGUCCAAACGGAAAAUGUGAUCGGAAUUUGACGCUUUUCAGUGGCAAUACUUUACUCAAUUACUUUGAUUACGGCGCUUGGGUGUCUGGCUGCAAUAGAAUCUUCUUGUUUUCCAAAGAAAAGGCUUCGUGGAAAGUGGCUCGUGACAAAUGUUGCCAAAUUGGAUUAACCGUUGUGUCUGUCGAGUCAAUCUACAAACACAAAUGCAUUGUUGGAACCCUUCCCCAAAAAAACACCACAAUUGGUCAAUUUUGGACUUCAGGCACCGAUAGCGGGUGUCCUGGGAACUACCAAUGGUGCUCGACUGCGUUUCCGUUCAGACACGAGCAGGUGAAUUGGGAAAAUGGAAAUCCGAAGGCCGCCGGAGGUUGCGUUUACGUGAAAACGUCAGAGGAUGUCAACGCGACAGUUUACGGCACCACCGAUUGCGACGAACUGAUGCAAUACGCUUGCGAAGUCCGGCAGCAAGGAACGGCGCCAUCGACACUUGUUGAUGAGUGCGCAUCUUUGCAUGAAACUCCUGAUGGUUUAAAUGAAUUUUUUUUAUAAACAUAUUAUAAUUGAUUUUUUUCAAAAGAUGAUGUUGAGGAUACCCCUACCUCUCCAGCUAAUUCCAGUGAUAAAAAUGAACCCCAAAAAUGCUUCACAAAAUGCGUUGCUGAGCAGAAAAAAUUAUUCUUUAAAAAUGUCGUUCGACCUGUGCCCACUAUUCGACUAGUUGAAAUUAACGCUCAAAAUGAGGAGGAAUUGCAAAGCGGGUUUCAAAUUCACAAAACUUGCACGAAAAUUGUACGCGAAAACGAAUGCGACACGGCAAGCGAAAUUUUCAGCUGCAGUUUCUAUAAGGCACCGACUUUAGUGACCAGAAUGAUAACAGCAGAGAGGCUCAAUACAACAAUUUAUACACCGCCCGUUCCAUGCGUGGAGCUAAAACGCAAAUGUUUGAAUUCUGGUCUUUCUUGCACCACAGAUGCUGCACGUAUGAAUGACCUCAAGACAGCAAGAAAAAAUGAUGUUGGGCAAUUAGUAAAUUUGUCAACCUCCGCACGAGACGUAUUUUCAGCAUAUCCAAACUUUACAGUUGGGAUGGAUUACAAAUAUGGUUAUCAGUACUGCUGCAGCAUUGGAAUGGAUCUGUGGCGGCCCAAAAAUUUGGCAGAAAUGAGAGAAUUAACUGUUGCAGUGAAUUAUUCUCCUGAGCGUGUGGUUUCAGUGAUUGGGUUUUCGAGGUACUAUAGUACAGGCAGCGAGGUUUGGUGUGACUCGCAAGGUACCACAGUUCUAACCGAAAACGUCUACGCGCCUGGAGGGUACCCCGGCUACGGAUGCAAAGACACCAUUCUGAUAGGGUCUCUUUAUUUAUCCGGCAUAUCUAUAAUUAAAAUUAGGACUUUGCCUUUCAAGUUCUUUACCUUCACAUGUCAACCGCGCUAAGCAUGUCCAGCUCAUUUUAGGUCCUUUUGACUCAAAUUUAAUCACAUGACAUGGCCGGUAAAAAAAUUUUUUGAGCAAAGAACUCUAAAAAAAAAAUGCUUAUAUUAGUUUUUUUUUCUUUUAAAUAACUUUCUUCUAGCUUGACGUUUCCUAUUAAAAACAAUAAAUUUUAAUGAGUUUUUAUUUGUUAUAUAUACUAAUAAAAAAUGUUGUCAACCUAAUCAUUCCAGCGCAAAAAAAAAUUAUUUUUGGGGUGAAUUAAAACAAACGAUGAAACUUCCCAUUAAGCCUUGACAUACUAAUAAAAAUGAUAGUAAAGAAAUUUCUCUAAUUUGAUUGAUUUUUCUGACGCAAUUUAUUGAAUUGAUGAUUUCAUUGUCAGUAUUAUCUUGAGUAAAGAAGUUAAGUGCUCUCAUAUUGCUAAUGGUGUUUAAUUGGUGUUUUUCUGCUUAACUUCAAAAGCGACCUAUUUCAAAUUUGUUUGGAAGCGGAAUUUUGUUAUCAGCUCAUUUGAGUGGUCAAUUAAUCUCCUCCCCUUAAUUAAACAGUAUAUAAAAGGAGAUUCAAUUUGUUAGCAACUAAAUAAGCAUUGCUUUCUUACAAGCUGCAAAAAUGAAAGCGUCCAAAUAUUUUAUCGCGGGUGCAAUCCUCUCGUUUGUGGCUUUCGCCGACGCCUAUAGCGUGGACACGAUUGAGGAACGUCAGAAACCUAUUUUAAUUAUUAGUAACGAGAAGGCCUCAUGGUUUGACGCAAGUUCCUUUUGCAUUGCACGCGGAAUGGAUUUUUUAAGCAUUGAAACCAAGGAAGAAUUUGAGUUUGUGGCAGGGCAGAUCCUAGCUAGCGGUCUGCAAAACGAAAACGUAUGGAUUGGAGGAACGGAAAUUGGGUCCGAGAACAGUUACUACUGGGUCCACACCAACUCCCCAGUUGAACUCAGUUACUGGGAUCCCACUGAAGUCCCCGCCGUUGCCAACAGGUGCAUGGUCUUUAACAAAAGCCUCUGGCGGCACGCUGCCUGCUCGGCGUUGAACUACUUCGUCUGCGAGACAUUAGAGGACGCAACAACUAGUUCUACUCCGCUACAAGAUUUUUCUGAAUAAUUGAUUUCCUUUAUAGCUCGAAAUAAUACAUACACUUUUUUCUAAUAAAAUUUAAAAAUCAACUCCAAACAAACGUGUUUUUUAUCGGUCUUUGUUACAAAUAAAACAGGAUAAUUUCAGUUUGCACUGUAUAUAAAUUU